AUGGAUGCCUUCUCCGGCUACAACCAGAUCAGAAUGGCGCCUGAAGACCAAGAACACACGGCCUUCCUCACCGAUCUGGGGGUGUAUUUCUACAAAGUCAUGUCGUUUGGGCUCAAGAACGCAGGCACCACCUACCAGAGGGCCGUGAACAAAAUGUUCGCCGCACAAAUCAGACGGAACGUCGAAGUCUAUGUCGACGACAUGAUCGUCAAAAGUCACAUGGCGGCAGACCACCUGACCGACUUGGCCGAAACAUUCUCCACACUCCGGAAGUAUGGCCUGCGGCUAAACCCGGAAAAAUGCGCCUUCGGCAUCAGUUCGGGAAGGUUCCUCGGAUUCGUCGUGCAUGAAAGAGGAAUCGACAUAAAUCUGGAAAAGUGUGAAGAGGCUUUUGGACAAGUCAAGCGGCACUUGGCCAACCUUCCCCGCCUUGCUUCGGUCACUCUCCGGGAAAAGCUCAGCGUUUACUUGGCCGCCUCCCAGCACGCAGUCAGCUCCGUCCUAACCAAGGAAGUUUCCGGAGAACAACUACCGGUCUACUACGUCAGCCACGUCUUGAACGGACCCGAGGAGCGGUAUCCGCCACUUGAAAAGCUCGCUUUGGCGCUCGUGCUGGCGUCCCGGAAACUACGCCCUUACUUCCAAGCUCACACGAUUGAGUUCGACAUACAUUACGUUCCAAGGACUGCCAUCAAAACCAAGUCCGUAGCCGACUUCAUCAUGGAACUGGCUGAAGGCGGGAAUGGAAGUCCCGAGCAGACAGAGGAGGCCUGGGACUUGCAUGUGGACGGCUCGACUACCUCCAGCAGCGCCGGCGCGGGGUUGGUACUCUCAACUCCCGACGAACGCUCGUUCGAACGCUCCCUCCGCUUCGGGUUUCGGGCCACUAACAAUGAAGCCAAAUACGAGACGCUCCUGGCAGGACUCAAGCUGGCCCUUGAAAUGCAAGUAGACGUCAUCCGCGUCUUCACUGACUCGCAACUCGUCGUCGAGCAACUUAGCGGUGGGUACGAAGCCAGGGAACCGACCAUGGCAAGGUACCUGGCAGAGGUAAAAAGCCUAGCCUCCAACUUCUCCUGCUUCACGUUAUCUAAGGUGCCGAGGAGCCAAAAUGAACGAGCCGACGAAUUGGCGAAGAUGGCUUCGGGACUGGACCACGGAAAUCGCUCCGGGGUUGAAGAUCUCCCAUUCUGCACCAUCUCAGUUUUGUCUGUAACUCCGGCCAAAGCGUGCACCACGUGGGUACAGGAGAUGCUGCUCUUCAAACACAACGGGAUCCUUCCUGACGACGAAGCCACGGCGCACCGCAUUCGCCGAACGCAAACAUGGUAUUCCGAGGUGAACGGACGGCUCUACAAACGGUCCUUCUCACAGCCCUUGCUGCGAUUCCUCGAGCUUGGCGAAGCGAAGGCAGUCCUCGCCAAGGUCCAUGAGGGGAUCUGUGGGGAGCAUAUCGCUACUCGAACCUUGGCCUACAAAAUCCUUCGUCAAGGAUACUACUGGCCCACCAUGUCCCGAGACGCUAGAAUCUACGUGCAGCGAUGCGGGCCCUGCCAGAGGCAUGCCCGAAUGCCCAAGCAGCCGAUGGUCCCCCUGUCCCCCAUCGACUGCGCAUGGCCAUUCGCGCAAUGGGGAUUGGACCUCCUCGGCCCUUUUCCACUAGCAUCGGGGCAACGACGAUAUAUCAUCGUGGACGUGGAUUACUUCACCAAGUGGACCGAAAAAAACAUCGUGACUCGAUUUGGCUUGCCGGAGGCCAUCAUCACGGAUAAUGGAUCCCAGUUCACCAGUGCUCGGUUCCAGGAGUUCUGCGCGAGCUACGGGAUUCAACUAAGGUUCAGCUCUGUGGCCCAUCCCCAGACAAACGGGUUAGCCGAAGUUACCAACCGAUCUAUUCUAAAUGGACUCAAAAGGAGAGUGUCAACGACCCAGUCAGCUUGGGUGGACGAGCUCCCCAGUAUUCUGUGGUCCUUGCGGACCACCCCCAAGGCCGCGGCCGGAGAAUCCCCCUACAGCCUCUCAUUUGGGACCGAGGUUGUCUUGCCUCCCAAGAUGGUUUUCCCCACCCUGAGGACAGCAAGCUAUGAUGAACGAGUUUCGACCCAGGGACUGCGAGCCGAUCUCGAUCUGCUCGAGGAAUGA